AUGACGGAUCAUUCGGGGACUCUUCGAACCAAACUCUCAUCCACCAACUUCAACACCCUCAAUUCCCUCUCCAUGCAAAUCGAACAAGAGGAAAAGCAACUCGAGAAUCUUAUCCACUCGCAAUCACUCUUUCAUGAGCAUUUAAAUCUCAAUAUAAUAACCUCAGAAGAACAACAACACGACGAGACUAACAGCCUGCUCAUGACGAAGAGCAACAAUCACAACAACAACACGGAGAGGAAUCAACAUUCCGUUCAAAAUAAUUCUUCUCAGCGACAGAGCGUUCUUGGAGGGAUCAUGGAUACAAGCUCCAUGACUGUUUUUACUAAUCCUAAUUCUUCGUUUAUUGCUGGUAGUGAUUGUUCUGCAAGUGACUAUCGAAAAUGUAAGAAUCAAUUAAAUAUCUUGCAGAAUAUGAAAGGCCAAACGAAUGGUUCUUCUCUUCAGCAACAAAGAAGGCACUAUCGAUGUCGAUUUCAAACAGAGGAAGAAGAGGAGGAUUCAACACAGUAUCUUGAAAGAUUAGUUCCAGAAAAGAUUUUGGGUCAUUAUUCGAAAUUUCAGAAAUUUAGAGAACACGAGAAAAACAAGUGGAAUGCAUUUGUUGAGCAUAUUGCACCACCUAUUGAAAUGAAAAAGAUUAAAAAGAAGCAACAAGGGUUUUCGAGUGGUGUGACAGUAUUCGAAGAAAAUAGCGAAAAAAGUGAAAACAAGGAAAACGUGUCACCCAACGUGAAAAAAGAACUGCAACAAACCAAUACAACUGUUGUUUUGAAAAAGAGUAAGAUGCCUGCCAAGAAUUCAGACAAAAAACUUCCAGUUUUAAAGAGUUCAAGUCCAAACACUCAAAAAGAAGAUAGUGACUUAAUUGAUUCGCCUAAUAGUAAUUUAUUGUCAACAGAAGAUGAAAGAGCUCAACAGUCCAAACCAAAAGUCAAGAGUGUUGAUUCAUAUGCUUGA